CUGCGCACGCGCUCAGUACAAAUAAACUUCCGCGAUCGGGUUAGUGUUCCUGUUUUCUGUCUUGUUGACAAGCGAGGCUGCUGACGCCUAUAUUUGAAGGAAAUAGUCUCGGUGUGUCGUUGUGUGUUUCCCAGACUCUGGCUGAGGUUCAGUGCGGACCGACAGUCCGUCUCCUGUCCGUCCAAACGCGGUGUUCAAACUAGCAGCUCCGAAGUGAUGCAACAUGGCAUCACAUGCUGCCAAUCGCUGUUUACUGUUGCUUCUCAGGAGAUACACUCAGGAACAGAGACGUGGCUUUGUCUCUCUGGCUGAAAGAAGUGCUUACCGGGCCUCCUCUGUUUCCGUGUGGGACAAAACGAAAGCGGGCGGCGCUGGGAGCUCCUGCCUGGACGGAGCGGCUCCGACCCGGGACACAGGGGGCGGCCGGGGCAGGAGCACCGGCGGCCGGGGAGGUCUCAUCAAGUCAGCGGCCCUGGGCUUGGGACUGUGUGGUGUGGCACUUUUGGACAGUAAAAGACACGGACAAGCCAGCGACGGGACAGCGUCUGUCUCUGGGUGGAUUGUGGGACAUACCCUGCUGUCAGCCCAGUGCGCCUCGCCCUACAAACCCGAUAGUCCCCGCUACAAAUACAACUUCAUUGCAGAUGUAGUCGAAAAGUCAACUCCAGCUGUGGUGUACAUUGAAAUAGUAGGCAGGCAUCCAUUCUCUGGAAGGGAAGUCCCUGUAUCCAAUGGCUCCGGCUUCAUCAUCAGCAGUGAUGGCCUUAUCGUCACAAACGCUCACGUUGUGGCCAACAAGAGAGGUGUCCGUGUGAAGCUCACCAACGGAGAGACAUACCAAGCCACCGUGCAGGACGUGGACCAGGUGGCAGACAUUGCCACCAUCAAAAUCAAUGCCCAGCACCCCCUGCCCACUCUCACCCUCGGCCGGUCUGCAGAUGUCCGACAAGGCGAGUUUGUCGUUGCCAUGGGAAGCCCGUUUGCACUACGGAACACUAUCACGUCGGGCAUCGUGAGCUCGGCACAGAGAGGCAGCAGGGAGCUGGGCCUGUCCAACUCCAACAUGGACUACAUCCAGACUGAUGCUGCCAUUGAUUUUGGGAAUUCAGGAGGCCCACUGAUCAACUUGGACGGAGAAGUCAUUGGUAUAAACACCAUGAAGGUCACAGCAGGGAUCUCCUUUGCGAUCCCGUCUGAUCACUUGAGACUCUUCCUCGCUAAGGCGGCAGAAAGAAAAAACUCCUGGUUCGGUCAGUCAGAGACGAGGCGGCGGUAUAUCGGUGUAAUGAUGCUGACUCUGACGCCAAGCAUCAUCGCUGAGCUGAAGUUGAGAGACCCGGCGUUCCCAGAUGUGACACAUGGCAUCCUGAUCCACAGGGUUAUCACAGGCUCACCAGCCAACAGGGCUGGCGUGCUGCCAGGAGAUAUUGUGCUGGAGAUCAAUGGCACCAAGGUGAACACGUCCGAGGAGAUCUACCAGGCCGUCCGCAGCAACAACAACAUCACAGUGCUGGUGCAGAGAGGACAGAAGCUGCUCCAGCUGCAGAUGACACCCGAGUACACGGAGUGACACUGACAACACUGGAUUUCCUCACUAAACCACUGUGGCCUGACGGACAGGACUCACUCACAUGAGAAGUUAGAGACAAUACUGAACGGGGCUGGGUGACUGUUUGUUUGGACUUUAAUAAAUCCAAAAUGAGGUUGAAAUUUCUCAACUUAUCAUGUUUUCUUAUCCAUUGUUUAACUAUGAGCUCCAUAAGUAUUUGAACAAUGUUUAGCUUUUAUAUUCCUAUGACAACUUGGUGCAGUGUCAGCUUUAACUGGAAGGUAUCAGCUGUUUUGCGCCAUAUUGUUCAAAUUGAAAUCAUCCGUAAGCAUCACAGCAUUUACAAAUUUAAAUGUUUUACCUCUACCUUGAGUUGAAAAACUGGUCAAAUCAAUGUAGAUGUUUUUGCAAUGUGUUUCUAUAUCCCAGAAUAAGACAGUGUUAUAAGUUAAUAAAAACUGAAACAAUAUAUUUUAAUAAAGCAGUUUAAUGUUAGACAGUGACAAGAAGCAUGAGAGACCCAACACUGCAACAUGAACCAAUGGUAUAAAACUGGCUACCAAUAACUGAGCAAACAAGUUUGACAACUCACAAAUUCUACUAUGAUGACAAUGAUUACACUGGUAAAAUAAAUGAUUUUUUUUUUUUUUUUUAAUGAAUUCCACUUAUUUAAACGGACUGUUUUUGAGUAUGUAACGUACAGUGAAAACCAAAACAAAUUCACUUCAUGUCUCAAUAGAAAUGUUUUAUGAUUAGAAACAAACAAAAAGGUGAACCAGUUACUCUCAUAUUUCAAUUUGAGCGUAAUGGUCAUGUAACGCCAUACUGCGUCAAUUAAAAUUUCCCUGGUCUAUGUACAGUAACGCACACUUACAGUAAUGUAAUAAAGUGACAUGUACUGAACUACUACACAGUUAAAUGCAUUUACCUCAAAGACUGGUAGCUAUUAAAUGGAGAUAACAUUCAAACCACAUUAGGUUUUAAAGUACAAUAGGUUCAUAGGUCUGGACUAAAGACAUUUUGUUAGGAGUACUACAACAUACAAGUAUGGGAGGAAAAAUAAAAUUGUUGAAAUCCCCUUAAAACUACUUUAAAAAGGCUUAAUAUAUAUUGCUGGUAAUAUUUCUCUUUUUAAGAAAAUAUAAAUUGUGCGACUUAAGCUUACAAUACACUGCUGGCAGUAGCGCCAGGUUCUUGGUGACCUGCUGGAACAGGGUCAUCUAUCAAGGCGCUGUGUGUGCUAAGAGAGACUCCCCAAA